ACAACCUUCGCCGCGCUGCUUUCCUGCGAACUGAGCAGCAGCGAGUACGGGCGGCGAGAAUCGGGACACCCUUGCCUAGACAUGCCUAGACCCUCAUCCUUUCUUCGUACAUAAUGUCUUUGAACAGCUUAUAUUUAAUUGACUUACAAUCUGCUGUAGAUAUUUUGAUUCGGUUAUUUUUCUCCAUUGAGAGAUUGUUCGGCUGUUGUUCAGCUAAAUAGAAGGUCUGAAGGUCUUUUGUCCAUAAAUCGGCAACAACCAGAAUCCUGGAUAUUUGGUGUCAUGUUUCAGGACGUUGAAGCCAAGUCAAAUUUUUGCGGGUGUUAUCACACUUCAGUGGAUAACAUCUCCCUUUAUACUAGAAGGUAGUAGGAGCCGGUCUUGUUCAGUGGAAGACUUCCAAGACAACAGGACGGCUCAUGUUAUGGUAUACAUGCACCAUGCUUGUUUAAAGUAAUGUCUUAGACCUCCAGGAAUCAGGUGCCUCAGACAGACUAGGCAAAAGAGCGAGGCAGCCCUACCUGUUUGAGUCUUGGCUGCAGGGACGACUCUGACAGCAUGAGUAGGCUGGCAGUCCACCUCUGCACACUUGGCUGUGUGCUGCUCUGCUCCGCUGCCGUCCUCCUGGAAACGAUUGAGUUGGACCACGAGACUCAUCUUACCUGUUCACAGGACAUACGUGAGUGCACAGUGAAGGAUGGGGAGCAGCCUGGAUAUGGAUCUGACCCUGUAGCAAUAUUGACACUGGAGCUGAAAGCUUUGUUGUGCUGCCAUGACAGCCGGGACUGCAGACCCUGUGUAGAGAUCUACCUUACUGUCAAAGGGUCCUAUGGUGAAUCAGAGGGAUCAGGGGGACACAGCGAUGAGUACGGCGCCACCGUGAGGGACACGGGAAGUGGGAGCAAUGACAGUCAACCCAGCUCCCCCCCCCACCUGUCAGUUCUGUCCUUCGUAGUGUGUCACACCACUGCGAGCUCUAUCAGUGUAUGCAAGAUAAUAGAGUUCACUCUGAGCCCUGCUGCACUGGAGGACCCCGAUGAGCCCGAGAUGUGGCUGUCCCUGGUGGUAUCUGAUAAAUUGGCCUUCGGAAGCCAUCUGUUUGUGUCCGUCCAGGCUGUGAACAAGAGCAUCGUGUUGCCCUCUCAGCAAGAAGUCUGCUUCACAGACCACAGGGAAAUUGUGAAAGAGUGUGAUGUUCCAAAGCUGCACACUGUGAUUGACUGGACGAAGGAAGUGGCCAUAGUGUACCUGGCCAAUGAGGACAAAGACACCUCGGCUUCACUGUCCAUGUGUCUGAAAUACGAAGAAACAGGAGAUUGCAUAUAUCAAAAAUGGGAUCAAAAAGAGAAUUUUUCAAUUCCGUUACAUUCUGUUACUCCCUGUCUUUGUAUUCAGGCAUGGUGGAUGAAAAUGGAUGCCUUGCGUGUGAACAGCUGUCCGUUCAGUGACCUCAAAGAGUUUUUCAACAACACCUGGAAAAACGUCUCGCUGUUUGUGGAGCCCGUUCAGAGCAAUGGGGGUGACACAGUGCUCACUUGGAAUCUUAGCUCCCCCUGCAGGGUGGAGGCUGAGCUGUGGUUGUGUGAAAAGACAGUGGAAGGAGCUCUGCGCGGCUGUAAAGAGAUGCAGGGCUCCAGGGUGCGUUUGAGGAAAGACCAGGACUUGGAAUGGUCUGUCAGUUCCCGAGAGUAUCUGGGAAAAGGAGAAUUUAUUGAUGUACUUCCCCAUCCCAUGCUCUGCGUAGCGGCAAAAAUAUACAGGAUGAGCGGCGUGUUGGCCAUCCAGUGUCCUUUUGCAGCCCCUAGGAGGAACUGGACUCUACUGGUCCUUGUUACCUUACUGCUAAUUUGCCUGAUCGUCCUUGUAGCCCAUGUGUUGCAUGGCAGCCUCAAAGGAGAUGCGGACCGGGGCCACGUGGUGCUGCUGUUCCCCCCGGACACGGAGCCGGCCUUGCCGGGCCUGGUGUACCGGCUGGGCUCCAUGCUGUCGGCGGCAGGCUUCAGCGUGAGUGGGGACCUGUGGAGCCGAGGCGAGCUGUGUACCCUGGGAGCUGUGCCCUGGCUGCACGCGCAGCUGGAGAAUCUGCAGCGGAAGGGCGGCAAGGCUGUGCUCAUUGUGACGCAGACGGCCUGGGAGCUCGCUGAGGCCUGGCUGCAGGACACAGGCAGGCGGCCCUUCUCCCACCCGUACCCGGACGUAUUUGUGGCGGCGCUGAGCUGCAUUCUGGCGGACCAGCUGCAGGGUCUGGCCGGCAGGCGUUUCGCACUGGUGCAGUUCGACUCUCUGCCCCCUACGGCCCCAGCAAGUGGUCACCCUUUCCCCGAGCUCUUCCAAGGCCUGUCCCUGUACAGCCUACCCUCGCAGCGCUUGGACUUCCUGAUGGAGCUGGUGGCGCCCUGUGGGUGGGCUGGCUCCUGGCUGGGAAGACUGAAGGCUAGGCUGUGGGUGUGGGCACUGGGCCUCUACAAGGCCAGGGGGCUGCAUAGGCACUGGCUUUCCAGGCGCUUCCAGGGUGGCACCAGGUCAUUACAAGGAACGCUGUGGGAGACAGCUCACCUGCGCCCUGGCCCCAGUGCCUAAGUGCCCUCCUCUGCCCCCGCUAUCAGAGCUCUCCACCUGGAUGAGAGCUAGCUGAGUGCCAUGGACACAUCCAGCCGGAAAAGGCCGUUUUUUACCCCCUAGUUGGACACACCUCGUCCUGAAACAGCCACUCUUUUAAAUAUUUGUAUGUUUGUACAUAGCCAAAUGCAGGCAGGUUGACUUCUUCUUUUAUAUCCAAAACUGUAUUAUGAUAUUGUUUUUUAUAAAUGAGAAUAUUGGUAUGAUGAUAAGUUGAAGGUUUGUCCAUGAGCUAUUUGUGUUGCCUUUCUGAAAGACUUUCAGUUUGUUGGCAUCAACACUGAAUCUCCUCGCAGUUUUUUCUUUUAGGGUUGGUAACUGAAUUUAGAUAAUUGUCUACCAAGUGUAACAGCGUGUGCCAGUAUCUUAUACUGGGAAAUCCUUAUUGCCCGCAAGACAUCUUUUGUUAUUUGAAAAAGUAAUUAGUAUUACAUUUUGUAACAGAUUUUGUUGAUUGCUCAUGUUACUGUGAAUGUACAGCGCUCAGAUCA